AAUCGGCUCAGCAGUUCGGUGGAUAGUUCCAUGGUGCUGAAACUCCUUUUGCCAUUUUUUUUUCCCGGAGCUCCGCGCUGUUUGGGAUGUCUGCUCCGGUCAUGUUUGCCGUGGUCCGCUGCAGCUUCGUGUUGGUCUCCCUUUUCUACUUAAAAGGAUGCGCCCAGAAUUUUGGACAGACUCGGUUUAUCUGCACCUCGGUGCCGGUGGAUAUGGACAUGUGUACCUCUUCUAUGCAGAGCAGCGGUAGCACCGAAGACAUGAAGACCACAGUGCUACAGCUCCGGGAAACGGUGCUCCAGCAGAAAGAGACCAUUAUGAACCAGAAAGAAACCAUUAGGGAACUGACCACGAAAUUGGGCAGGUGUGAAAGCCAAAGCACUGUAGAAGCGGGCCCUGGUGAAUCUAAAACGGGUGGGGGCUCCGGCAGAAAGCAGACCGGCUCUUCCAAAAACACGAUGGGAGAUCUCUCCCGGAUUCCAGCUGCUGAAACACUGAGCCAACUUGGGCAAACUUUGCAGUCGCUCAAAACAAGGCUAGAAAACUUGGAGCAAUUCAGUAGGAUGAAUUCUUCGAGCCAAACCAAUUCCCUGAAGGAUAUACUUCAGAACAACAUUGAUGAUUUGGAAAAGCAAGUGCUCUCUCGAAUUAACAGCCUGGAAGAAGGAAAGUACAACUCCAAGAAUGAGUCUGAAGAAAGAGGGAAAAUAGAAAGCACUUUAACUUCUCUUCACCAAAGGAUCAGUGACUUAGAGAAAGGUCAGAAAGAGAAUAGGCCAACGGAUAAAUUUCAGCUGACCUUCCCUUUGAGAACCAAUUACAUGUACGCAAAAGUGAAGAAAAGCUUGCCAGAGAUGUAUGCAUUUACAAUUUGUACGUGGAUAAAAUCAAAUGCCUCUCCAGGUGUAGGUACACCCUUCUCUUAUGCAGUACCUGGACAAGCCAAUGAGUUGGUACUUAUUGAAUGGGGUAAUAAUCCUAUGGAGAUCCUUAUCAAUGACAAGGUAGCAAAGCUUCCUUUUGUCAUUAAUGAUGGGAAAUGGCACCAUAUCUGCAUUGCAUGGACAACUCGGGAUGGUGUCUGGGAAGCUUAUCAGGAUGGCACCCAGCGAGGCAAUGGGGAAAACCUGGCCCCUUAUCACCCGAUCAAGCCCCAAGGGGUCCUAGUGUUGGGGCAGGAACAGGAUACACUUGGUGGUGGAUUUGAUGCCACCCAGGCAUUUGUGGGAGAACUUGCUCACUUCAACAUCUGGGACCGAAAGCUCACCCCAGGGGAGGUCUACAACUUGGCUACUUGCAGCACCAAAGCCCUGCCUGGGAGUGUCAUAGCCUGGUCUGAAACUAACAUUGAUAUUUACGGUGGAGCCACCAAAUGGACAUUUGAAGCCUGCCGUCAGAUCAACUAAAUCUGCCACACUUUCCCUUUCCUUCUCCCAGAUCCACUCAACCCCAGGUGAACAGACAUUCUUCUCAUCCAGGAAUGAUUUACAGACAACUUGCCUUCCUUUUUUUUCUUUUCUGUCACUUUCGAAAAUCAUGUUACUUGUCCUAAAGAACCAGUAUUUUAUCGGGAGGGGGGGGGAAGUCUAGGAAUCUAGGAAAUGUACAUGGAGUUCUUGAUACCAUUCUAAGACCACCUGGAACUUUGCAAACUGACAAAAAAAUGAGAAGGUUCCUAGUUUUUUCUCCCACUGCUUUAUGACGUCACAAGAUGAAUGGUCUGGUUUUUCUGGCUUGCCAACUUCGUUUGAAGCCUGAGUGCCUUUGGGCUGGUGCAACUCUUUCAGCACAUUUGUCUUCAUUUGCAUAUACUUUUUAAAGGUUAUCUCUAUAUAUUCCUACUCUACUCGAUGUCUUUUAAGCAGCCAUUCUCCUCUAGGCAGAUACUGAUUUUUUUUAAAAAAAAUUGUAUUUACAAUUAGUUUUCCAAGUUAAUGGGAUGGCAAAAGCUUUUGAAUGGUGCAUAAGGAGGCUGGAUAAGGAUAUGAGGGGAGGGAAUGGUUUAUUUUUUUAAAAUUGAUCAGGUCCUCUACUGUCCCUCACCAGUGGUGUUCACUACUGGCUAAAGCCAGAAUAGGACAGGGCCAUCUUUGCCCUUUCAAAUGUACAGGUAAGACUCGGGAGCAUUGCCAAGCUGAGGAUCCUGGGUGGCUUGUCCAGAUCUGGGAUAAUUUGUAGGAGCAGCUGUUGCUAAUCCAUGUCAAUGCAGCUGUAAAACAGCCUGCUUUCCUACACUGCCUUUAUUUUGCUUAAAGCCUAAAAGGAUCUGCCUCUGUUAGCCAUCAAGCUUACGUGAAGUCUAGAGAGCCAUCAUCCCAGAGACAUUAGCUACUCUUUCUUCCAAAGCAAUGUGGCCUGAAGACAGCAGUGAAUUCCCAAACCCCUUCCUGGUUGACCUUCCCUUCUCAAUUUCAUAGCCAACUCUUCCCCUCCAAAAACAAUGCAUCUUGGACUUCUAAUGGAAGACUUGACAGAGAGAUGGGAUCAUUUUCUCAUCCCUUUGAGACAUUCCACACCCUUGCUUAACCUCCUUUACUCUAAGAGCCAUAAAUCUGAAGGGCUUGU